AUGGCGACUGAGGCUGACUGGGAGCGGAUAGCCUUGAGCUAUAUUGAGACCUCCUUCAGGCUAUUGGAAAUGCUUAUACCAAAGCUCCCCACCGUGACACCACAGAGCCCCACACCGGCUUUCCAGGCUAAACGAGGAGAUGGAACUCUAGAAAGAGAUGAAAAUGGCAUACCUACAGGUAUUCGUGUGCACCAGACUGUGGUGGUGGCUACAUCUUCAGAUCAUUGGAGAUCCUCCUUCUCUUCUUCAGAUGGGAACCCUUCUGUGCUGGAAUCUGAUCACAGGCAUGGAUCGGCAUUGGGAGUUACUUUGAAGGGCGCCCUUAUGCUGCGUCACUCAUACACGAAGGGGGAGGCCCUGGGAGAAUCCUCGAGCACUUGUAGCGGUGAGAGGUUCUUUCACCUGGCCGCACGCGCGGCUCUGAAUAUGGCGCCCUGGAGAGGAAAUGGUGAUACCGGGAGCUGUCUAUUGCAGCUAGUUCAAGAAAUGCCUUCUAUCUUGCGGACUGGAGUAGAAAGGCAGCGUUCAGAUCUUUCUAAAGAACUUGAGGAUCUACAUGAUCGACUUGAAGAGAUGGGAGGAUCUGCUGCUUCUCAGGUGGAGAUCAAUAAAAACCGUGAAUCUGAGCUCAUUCGUUUACGGCAAGAGCUUGAGGAAGCUGUUCUUCAAUCAGACGCUACAGCAUCUGCCUUGAGAAAGAAGCACGCCUUCUCUCUUGUGGAAGCGUCUGAACAACAGGAGAAUAUGCAACGAGUACGGAAUAAACUGGAAAAGGAAAAACAAGCCAUGAAGCUGGAAAUUGAGGACCUUAAUGCAACUGUAGAAAAUGUGCAAAAAGCAAAGAUUAGCUGCGAUGCACAAAUCCGGAAACUGGAAGAUUUGCUUUCAGAUGCAAAUAGCAAGGCUGAUGAACUGCAAAGGAUAAUUACAGAUCAAAACAUCUCCAAAAACAAAAUAUUAGUAGAAAACAGUGAAUUAAGCCAUCAGGUUGAGGAGAUGGAAAACAGGGUAGCUCAGUUAACAAGAACAAAGUUAUUACUGGCCUCCCAGGCAGAAGAGCUGAAGAAACAACUGGAGGAAGAAUCUAAGGCAAAACAUAUAACAACAGCGGCCAUCUCUAACCUUAAACUUGACUGUGAGUUGCUAAAGGAGCAGCUGGAGGAGGAACAGGAGAGUAAAUGUGAACUUCAGAGACUGAUUUCUAAGCUGAACAGCGAGGUGACGCACUGGAAAACGCGAUAUGACAAUGAUGCGCUCCACAGGACCGAGGAACUAGAGGAGACCAAGAAAAAACUUACAUCCCGUUUGCAAGAGGCCGAAGAAGCUGUUGAAAUAGCACAAACAAAAUGCUCCAAUCUGGAAAAAUCUAAGAUGAGACUUGAGAGUGAAAUGGAAGAGAUUUGCAUGGAUCUGGAAAAGGCAAAUAACGCUUCAGUUACUUUAGACAAAAGGCAACGGGCAAUUGAUAAGCAGAUUCAGGAAUGGCGCCAGAAGUAUGAGGAGAUUCAAGCAGAUUUGGAGGCCUCACAGAAGGAAUGUCGUAUGUACGCUACUGAGCUAUUCAAAAUCAAAACUGGUUUUGAAGAGACAAACGAACAGGUCAUAUCUCUCAAAAGAGAGAACAAAACCCUUCAAGAGGAGAUUACCGAUCUCUCCGAGCAACUUGCUGAAGUUGGAAAAAAUCUCCAUGAGCUCCAGAAAUCAAAGAAAAAGCUGGAAAUGGAGAAAGAAGAAAUGCAGGGAGCGUAUGAAGAAGCUGAAGCGGCCCUGGAGUCAGAAGAGGCUAAAGCUAUGAGACUGCAGGUGGAACUUACACAGCUGAAAGCUGAUAUUGAUAGACGUCUCCAGGACAAAGAAGAAGAAUUUGAGGCAACCAGGAAAAACCACCAGCGUGCCCUUGAAUCUUUACAAGCCAGCUUAGACACAGAAGUAAAAGGUCGCACAGAAGCUUUGAGGAUCAAGAAGAAAUUAGAGAACGAUAUAAACGAAAUGGAGAUUCAGCUAGAGGGGGCCAAUAAAAACAAUUUGGAGCUAUUAAAGCUGGUGAAAAAACAGCAGCAGCAAAUGACGGAACUGCAGGCGCAAAUGGAGGAGGAAUCUCGUCAGCAUGAGGAAAUACAAGAACAAUUCGGUUUAUUAGAAAGGCGCAAUAAUCUGCUGGCAUCUGAACUGGAUGAGAUAAGAAAUGUGGUAGAAGCAUCUGACCGAUCUCGAAAAAUUAUGGAGCAAGAGUUAAAUGAACUUACAGACAAAACCAAUGAGCUGCAUAACCAGCUCCAGUCGGUGAUUGCCAUAAAAAGGAAAUUAGAGGCUGACCUACAGCAGAUGACUUCUGAGAAUGAAGAAGCCUUAAAUGAAAUUCGGAACUCUGAAGAGAGACUUAAAAAAUCUGUAUCAGAGGCAUCAAGGCUAGAGGAAGAGUUACAUCAUGAACAAGAUCACGUGCAUCACCUGCAGAAAGUGAAGAAAGGGAUGGAAAACCAAAUCAGAGAGUUGCAGAUCAAGCUUGAUGAAGCUGAACAAAUGAUGUUAAAGGAUGGAAAGAAGCUCAUUAACAAACUGGAAGGAAGGAUAAAAGAACUGGAGCAAGAGCUGGACACAGAACAAAAGAAACACGUUGAGACCACAAAGACCUUACGUAAGAAUGAGCGACGUCUGAAAGAAUUGGUGUUCCAGGCAGAGGAGGAUCAGAAGAAUCAUCUGCGGACACAGGAGCUUAUCGAGCGUUUGCAGACAAAGCUGAAGGUCUAUAAAAGGCAGACCGAGGAAGCAGAAGAGCAGGCAAACAUGAAUCUGGUAAAAUAUCGAAAGACUGCAAAUGAGUUGGAUGAUGCAGAAGAGAGAGCAGAUGUUGCUGAGGCAGCUCUAACUAAGAUAAGAACGAAGAACCGUGCCAGCUUUGGAAAAGGCUACUCUGGGGGCUUGAACUCACCAUUUGCUGCAUUUGUCAGACCUCCAAGCUCCACUGGAUCAGAAGGACGUGGCGAGAAGAUAGCAUGUGAUGAAGAAACAUCUUUAAUUCCAGCUUACUUGAACUCCUUAAAGAAAUUCAUGUCUGAGUAACUCCAGAUUUGAUGCCUUUUUAGACUGGCUAUUUGCUUUAUAAAAGUUUACACUGAAUUAUAAUUUUUUUAUUAUUUGUGGCUCCCAACAUAGGCCUAGAUUACAAGUAUUGUUGUUCAUUUUUAUUGCUGAUGAGAGCUAACUGCACUCAAGGUAAAUCAAUAGAGCUUGUAUGUUUGCACUGGUGAAAAUAAAAGUUUAGCUUGAGUGCAAAA